AUUUUCCUUCUUUUUCCAGUCUCUAGUUUCUGCCAUUUUUAACUGCAAUUGUGCUCGUCAGUUCCCGAUAUUGGAGUUUCUCUCAUGGAGAAUCCUGGGAAUUUUAGAUUGAUUGUUGAGGCUUUAUUUAUCUUUUGUUUAGUUAAUCUUUCACUAGGAUUCAACCCUGUAGAUGAAUUUUUGCUAGACUGUGGAUCCUCCAGAAAUAGAUCAUUAGGUGAUCGACAAUUUGUCGCCGAUAAUUCAAACACUUCAUCGUAUAAUCUUUCAACCCCACAGCAUAUUUUUGCUAAUUCUAGUUCAAAUCCCAUCUCACUUUACUACGAUUCAUCACUGUAUCGAACUGCUAGAAUCUUCAAUGGACCUUCCGAUUACAGCUUUCCAAUCAAAGAACAAGGGCGGCACUUGAUUCGCCUUCAUUUCUUUCCGUUUGUAUAUGGAAAGUACAACAUGAGCAACGCAAAAUUCUCUGUUUCAGCACAAAACUUCAGCCUUACUAGAGAACCCCAAUCGGGGAAUGUUUCAGUUGUCAAGGAAUACAGCUUGAACAUUACUUCUAAUAGACUGGUUCUUAGUUUUAUCCCUGAUUCAGUGUCAUUUGCCUUCAUCAAUGCCUUGGAAGUUUUCUCGAUCCCUGAGAAUAUCGUUCCCGAAGAAGCCAAAACGAUUGGUAGAAAAGACGAUAAGAGAAGCCUGAGAGAUGUUGCGUUGGAGACGGUUGCGAGGGUGGAUAUGGGGAACUCAACAGUGCUUCCACAAAAUGAUACCUUGUGGAGACUAUGGGUUUCAGAUGAUGAAUAUUUGAUAGACAAGAAUCUAGGAUCAUUUGUAUCAAAUGUCUCGGCUGUUAAUUUUACGGGAGGAUUGGUGACGGAGGAUAUUGCUCCAGCUUCUGUAUAUGGCACUGCCACUCGGUUUAACCUGGAUGAUCCCAAUCUUAAUGCAAACCUGACAUGGAGCUUCGAUGUUGACCCGGGGUUAGAUUAUCUUGUCCGGCUUCAUUUUUGUGAUAUCGUAAGUAAUUCUUCUACUCAGCAAGGUGUCUUUGUUGAAAUUUUCAUCAAUACACAUUCAGCAGGUCAUCUUGAUCUUGGUUCUCAGACAUCACACGUUUUAGGUGCCCCAUAUUUCAUGGAUGUCUGCACAAGGGCCCAUGAUAGUCGUAAGCUUAAUGUAAGCGUCGGCUCGUCGAAUAUAAUCAACUUCCCUAGUGUCAUUCUCAAUGGUUUGGAGAUCAUGAAAAUAAAUAAUGCUGCGGGAGGUUUUGAUGCUCCUGAGGUCGUCUCCUCGAGAACUUCCAAGAUAGCACUUAUAGUUGGUUUGACUGUCGGAUUGUUUGUUUUCGUCGUUCUGGCUGCAGUUCUCAUCCUUUUCUGCCAAAGAAGAAGAAAGCCAGAUCCAGGGAAUGGAGGACGAAAUGUUCAUGUUGCAGGGAAUGGAACUGCCAUAUUUUUUAGCUCGAAAAUAGGCUAUCGCUUCCCCUUCAUGGCACUUGUAGAGGCCACUGAUAAUUUCAGUGAAAAUUUAGUUAUUGGGGUUGGUGGUUUUGGUAAGGUUUAUAAAGGAGUAUUGUGGGAUGAAACUGAGGUUGCAGUCAAGAGGGGAACUCCUCAAUCAAGUCAAGGUCUCACAGAAUUCCGGACCGAGAUCGAAAUGCUAUCGCAGUUUCGGCACCGACAUUUGGUAUCAUUGAUCGGUUACUGUGAUGAACACAAUGAGAUGAUCAUAAUUUAUGAGUACAUGGAGAAUGGGACACUCAAGAAUCAUUUAUAUGGCUCAAGUCAUCCAUGCUUGAGUUGGAGACAGAGGCUUGAGAUAUGCAUUGGAUCAGCCAAAGGACUUCACUAUCUUCAUACCGGUUCAACUAAUUCAAUAAUUCACCGUGAUGUCAAGUCUGCUAACAUACUACUUGACAAGAAUUUCAUGGCUAAAGUUGCUGAUUUUGGUUUAUCAAAGACAGGCCCGGAUAUUGAUCGGACGCAUGUGAGUACAGCAGUGAAAGGAAGCUUUGGAUAUCUCGACCCAGAGUACUUGACAACGCAACAACUAACAGAGAAAUCAGAUGUUUACUCUUUUGGUGUAGUUUUGCUUGAAGUCCUUUGCGGAAGGCCGGUUAUUUAUCCUUCCCUCCCGAGAGAAAAGGUGAAUUUAGUCGACUGGGCAUUGAAGUCUCGCAGCAAUGGGAGAUUGGAAGACAUUGUAGACCCUAGGCUUGUUGGUGAAAUAAAACCAGAGUCUUUAAACAAGUUUUGGGAGAUAACUGAGAAAUGCUUGGGGAAACAUGGAAUUUAUAGGCCUUCAAUGGGAGAUGUCCUAUGGAACUUGGAAUCAACACUUCAACUACAAAGGAAUGAACAAAAAACCGCUCACGAUGGUGAGCUUUCUUCUGGAAUCAGCUGUGGCGAACACUUGGAAACAAGCUCAGAGUUCAUCCUAGCCGGUAGUGUAAGUGAACUCGCCGGCGUUUCAAUGACCACUGUAUUUGCUCAAAUGUUAAGUGAGCAAACGAGGUAGAUGAACAUUAUAUGCAUAGAUUCCACUGAGGGGCUGAAUCUCAUUUUUCAAUAAGCUUUGUCUAUGGCAGCAAAUUCUUCAGGAACCACUUUUUUUCUACGUAAAAUUUU